CCAGACUCAAGAAGACGGAGCGUUAUCCUUAGUUCAGCGGGUUUCCAUUUCUUGGGAGGCUGAAAUGACGUCGAUGAACUUUGUAAGUUUCCAUAAGCAUCCACCCCUCUUGCUAUUUCAGAAGAUCAGACCAUUGGAUUUGAAGGAAUUGAAGCUUCUAAAGCGAAAUCCUACUUCUCCUUCUUCUUCGUCUUCUUGUUGCCGAGUUCAGGCGAUGACGAAGGAAAAGGAAGAUUCAGAGCCACAAGAAUAUGAGAUUGACAAAGAUAAGGCCAGAGAAGCCCUCCAGAAGCUUGACCAGCAGCUUCAGUCUCUCUCCACUAAGCAAGUCUCUUCCCCGAAACUCAGAGCCUCAGAUGUGAAAUUCGAAGAAGCAGAAAAAGCGAAGAGUAGCGUCAAUACGAGAGAGAAGGAGUUCGAGAUAUCAGACUCGUUUCUGGGUUAUACCGCAGUUGUUCUCGUUUUAUUCACUAUCUUUUACAAUUUUCUGUUCUACACUGUAAUUGCGCCUUCCAUUGAUGGCGCUCCUUGAACUUGGACGUGAAUUUUCUCCAUGAUUGUGCCAUCAAUCAUCAAAUGAAGAGGAAAACAGAAAAGAACACAUGAGUAAUAUUACUCUUCUCUUCAUCUUUGUUCAGUUAGAUCGUAUAUAGGAUUGUUGGAGACUCGAGAGACCCUAAAAAUGUCAUGCAGAUGGUUAAAAGAGAGAAUAAUUUUGCCAUAUAAAAAUGUUUUACGUCAUAUGGCAAGUGAUUCGUUUACUUGAGGGAAGUGUAGGCUGAAAUUGCGGCUGGAGAAACUUUGAUGUUUACAGAUUCUUAAUU